CCGGGUCUCUGUUAGUGGGACGGUGGACGAGUCGUCUCACUGCCCGCUAACCGUGUCUCUGUUAGUGGGACGGUGGACGAGUCGUCUCACUCCCUGCUAACCGGGUCUCUGUUAGUGGGACGGUGAAUCGUAGCUUUCCUCAGCACGGAUGUUUCUCUCCAGGUUAUCCCGCUACCAGCAGUUUAAAGACUUCCAGAGGCGGAUCCUGGUGGCCACUAAUCUGUUCGGCCGAGGCAUGGACAUCGAGAGGGUCAACAUUGUCUUCAACUAUGACAUGCCCGAGGACUCGGACACGUACCUUCACAGAGUAGCGCGUGCCGGAAGGUUUGGGACCAAAGGCCUCGCCAUCACUUUUGUCUCAGAUGAAACAGACGCCAAGACUCUGAAUGAAGUCCAAGACCGCUUCGAGGUCAAUGUAGCUGAGCUGCCUGAGGAGAUCGAUAUCUCCUCCUACAUUGAACAGUCCAGAUGAGUCUGCGCUCUCCUACCAGUGGAGACUGAUCGUCUAUUGUUGCUCCAUUGUUGGCAAAAGGG